UUAUUUUGUGUCUGUAUAUUCAUAUAUUGGGGAUGAUAAAAAUUUGGUUUGAUACUUGAGAACAAAUUCAUCUGAAAAUUCUAAAGCCUGAAGUAUUUGUUUGCGAAUUGAAACUUUAUUUUAUUUUGUACAAAAAAUUUAAAAUUUUUUUUCUUUCUCUACCGCUCCUAUGGAAGACUCCACAGUGUCACUCUAUAAAUGUUCAGUUGUGGAACAUGAAAUUAUGACUGAGUUAUUCGAAGAACUGGAUUCUGACAUUAUUGCAUGUGACUUCAAAUUUACCAUUUUUGUUGCUGCGGCGGUAAGCUCAGAUCGAGGAAUAUUGCUAAAACCUAUGCCGCCAAUGUAUAUCAACAAUGAUCGUACAUUUAAUUUUGAUGGACUGCUUGAAGUAAUUAAAGUAACUCCUAAAUUUCGUGAUUUGCAUUAUUACUUAAAAACAGAACAAUUCUUGCAAUGUAGUAUAGACGUUAUAAUAUUACUGCACUGGCUUUUGGUGUUAGAUUCUACACCGAGUAUCCGAUACCUGAAUGAAUCUGAUUUUGAAGAUUUUUUAAGUAAUACUGAGGGCACAAUAGCUCCAACUAACGUCUUCGAAAUUUGUUAUGACUCUGAAUCAGAAAUUGAAAGAACUUUUCAGAAUCGAGGUGAACAAUAUGGUUUCCAAUUUGGGUUUUAUGGAUUUGAUGGACCCGAGCAGUGUUUUUCGGUCUUAUGUAGUGGAUCUUUAAACCCGAUGAAUUCAAAUAACAAUGCUGCUUCCAUAUAUCUAACUAUGAAUGUCAUUCCAUGUUUAAACCGAAGCAGUUAUAAGCCUUGUUGGCCACAAUCAAUUUGUGGAACUAUGCUGAAAUGUGUUGCUAUAUGUCAAUACAUAAGUCGUCCUGAAUAUGUCCAGCAUCUAAAUGACGACAAUGAUGUGCUCAUUCAACUAAGUGAAGUUGUUCGUCCACGUUACCUGAUUUUCUUUGCCGCAAAUCCAGCACGAUUACCAGUUGCUUCAGAUACUUUUUUUGAGGACGAUUCCAGAGCCGCCGCUGAUAUAAGCCAAGAGAUUGAAGAUGAACCAGUUCCGAAGAUAUCUAGCAACAGUGGACGAAGGUAUAUGGUUUUUGGUUUCUCAGCUGUUACUUUAGCUGCUAGUCUCUACGUGUUUAAGAACAACAGUCUUGGAUUAAAGGAUCUUUUGGACUACAAUAUAAAGGAUAUAUUUAAUAGAUUCUCUAAUAUAUUUGAUAAAUUUUUAACAAAAAUUCUCUAAUGAAAAUAAGUAUUUAAGGAAUAAAUUAAAACAAGUUUUAGUUUUCAUACGUAUUCUACUUCUACAUUAUGUGCAUAAUGUAUCAAUGUUCGUCUUUUAAAGAUAUAUUAUGUAUACUAAUGUAUUUUUCUUAUGCAUUAUGAGGGUGAAGUACUUAUAUUCUUUUUCAUGAUGCAUUAUGAGCACUAAUGUGUUGUGGAAUCGAAUGCAGAUUAAAACUUAG